AUGAGCAUUCGUCCAGAUUUAACAGAAAAGUGGACAAUUGGUAAUUGCUUUAUUGGUGCGUUAUGUUCUCUCAUAAACCAGCAGGAAGGCGAACACUUCCUGAUUGCUGUUGCUGUACAAGAAUGGUUAGCUGUAAUUUUUAAAGAUGCACCUCCAUGGGUGACUUCAAAGUGUUCUUGUCCUUCAAAGCUUCUUGCAGUUGUACUUAAGGAAAUAUAUUUUGCUGCAGACACCAUUGUAUCCAACCAAGAUCCGGGUGACUGUACUUUAAGGAGGCUACUGAUUCCAGCAAUAAGAUUGCUUCACAGCUGGUCAACAAGAGACUCGUUGUGGUGGGAAAAAAUUGCUGGCCUUCCCCAGUACACUGUUGUCAUGGGUGCAAUCCUGAACAAUGCAAAAACACUGAAAGCUGACAGACAAACAGUUGAUCUGCUGUGCGAUUUGUAUGAAUUUGAUGACAAAAUAUUUGAAAGCUGAGUCUAUUUGAGGAUCAUUUAUGGACAAGUGCCAGCAGAGCAUGCUUGUAUGUAGUUUUUGGUAUUAUUUAUGUUGCUUCGUUAAAAUUUGGAGUUGUUUAUUAAAUGUGGAAUUUUUUAUGGAAUUUUAAGUAUAAAAGUGAAAAAACCU